GCUUCUUUUAUCCCUCGGAGUGCCCUCCCUUCGGAUUUCCAUCGGUAUUCCCCCCCCAUAUUAACCAUACUUACACUAUUCUCUCACCCACCCCUUUCCCGACGGAAUCCAGGGCCCGUGUCCGUCCAUCCGUCAAUCCCUUCCCUUUCCCUCCCGGUCCCCCCUCGAAUAGCCGCGGAUCCACCAGACCCCGAACCCUACCCUUGGCGCUGCCGAGUUGCUGCUCGCCGUUGCAGUGUGCAUAGGUUCAGACGCUCAUAGGGCACGCCAACGGAGGCUACUAGACACUACCUUCGUCGCCGUCCGAGCCAUCCACAUUCCGAAAGAGUGACGAGAGAGAGAGAGAGAGAGAGAGAGAGAGAGACAUACACACCGACGACUCGGAAAGUCAGGAGAACAAGUGGUCGGCUGGUGGUCUGGCGGACCCCGUUGGUUUCCGGCCUUCAUCCUGUCCAAAGCUGACCACAUCCCGCCGCCGUCUCCGCCCAGCCCCGACUCGUGUAGCCCUCACCUCAUAUACCUACCUACCUUAGUCAUCUUGAAACAGCAAAGGCCAUGUCCAUGUCCGACUCUCAUGAGAGCCCCAACCUCGAGGAUCUUACUCCCGAGGAGGCCAACCGCAUUAUCCAUUCCCACCGCAAAGUUCGAUAUGGUACCGCCUGCUGGCCCUGCAGACAGAGAAAAGUAAAGUGUGACAACAAAAGUCCAUGUGAAAACUGCGUCAAGCGGGAACACCCACAGCUCUGUUCCUACAAACCCAACAAGUCAGCAUCCGGCAAACCGUCAUCUGUUUCCACCGACCUCUCUCACUCCAAGAAGAGGCCGCACUCGCCAGAUGCUCAAGAAGGCCGGAGCUUGAGCCAUGAGGCCCGCGAAUCAAUAAGAACAUACGAGCCCGAAGCCGUGGAGAUCACGCGUUAUGUUGGCCAGAAUAGCAUCCCAGCGCUUCUAAGGGAACAAACCGCAGCCGAUGAACCACAGGACGUAAGCUUUAUACGCCAAGACAUGCGUUCCCUACUGGGGCUCGAUAACUCGGCCCCCUUUCCGCUCAUGUCCUCCCGCCACUUGGACAGGCUAACGUCCGAUAUCUCUCAUGAACUGCCUUCCGACCGGGAGGUCAUGAAACUUUUCCGAACCUACAAGGAAAUUCCCCAACCCUUCUGGGGCUUUGUUAUCGACAUUGACGACCUCGAGUCUCGGUUGAUGAUCUACCUUGAAGACAGAGCAAAGAACGCCAGAGCCACUACAAAGACAACAAAACCAGUCUCUGCAUCAUGGCUCGCCAUUCUCUUCGCCGUCCUUGCGGUUGGCUCACAGUACCACGAGACCCCAUACCAUAUCCGAACAAGAGAUGCGCAAAAGUACAUCCAAAUUUCUUUCCACUUUCUCAGGCUGGGUAACUUUUUGUUAAGGCCGAACCUGGACUCAAUACAAGCCAUGUUGAUGACGAGCUUUGUAUUACUCAAUGACAUGAAAGCGGAAGCUUCCUGGGCUUUGCUGGGACUUACAUGUCGAUUGGCACAGUCGCUUGGCCUUCACCGCCCACAGGUUCUUGACGGCCGUCAGUCGCCCGAGAUUGUGAAGAGGGAAAUGUCUAGGAGGAGACUUUGGUGGACUUGCCUCUGGCACGAUACGCUCACUUCGUUAUCAUUUGACCGAUCACCAAUGACCAACAUCGCUUGUUGUCCUAUCCCCCUUUCACCGACUGCCGAGACAGACGGGUGGUCUUAUCUCGAAGCAAUGUACCAUCUAAAUCAAAUCAUAUCGCAGCGCCUAAACCCUGAUGCAACUGCCACCGCCUCCUACAACCAAAUCCUGACCAACUGCGCGGACGUGGAAAGCAUACGAGAUAAACUCUUUGUACAACUCCGGACCAAAGACGCCUGCAAAUCCGCCAUGGACCGCCUGCAGCACUACGCCAUCAGACUGCACACCUCCUUCAUCGUCUCCGUCUGCUGCCGGCCCGCCCUCCAGCGCGAAAACAACCAGCUCGAAAAGUCCCAGAAAAAGUACCUGGCCGACAAAUGCAAGGAGAACCUGACGGAAACAGUCCGCAUGUUCCUCGCCAUGCACCAGCUCUCGGUGAUCCCCACGCGCUCCUGGGCCUUUACUUAUCACGGCCUGUCGUCGGCCGUUCUGCUGGGGAUCCUCGGCGAGACCAAAGCCGACCCCGAAGUACGCCAGCUUCAAGGCGAUUUGAUUUCGGCCCUGUCCGCCACAGCGGCUAAAGAACAAACGUCGCCGCAGCCGCACAUCCCGAGGUCGGAUCACGACAUUGAGCUCUCGGGCCCGCUGUCGCGCGCGUUGACGGCGCUCAAAAAUAUCUACGACCAUGGAUCGGUCGUGGGUCCGGCGGGGAUUAAGCGCGAGGCAAGCAUUUCCGGCCCGGCGUCGGGAUUGAGGACGCCGUUGCAGAUCAGCCAGCUUGCGGGGCUACCUCCUAAUGGGUAUCCGUUAUAUGGUCUUGGGCAAGAACAGCAGGGAAGAGGAGGAGGAGGAGGAGCAGGAGGAGGGGGGGUUCAGCAGCAGCUGGGAGCGACGGGACCGUUGGAUCCGCAUCAGAGUGCAGCGUUGGCGAUGGCGGAGAUGCAGCAGCAGAAUGGGGGGCAGUCUCAGUUGGGGGGGACGGGGGCGGAGUAUCAGGGAGGGGUACCGUACAACAUGCCACCACUCCAACAACCGGGUGCCGCUGCCGGCGCCGGUUCGGGCCCUGGUGGAGGUGUAAUGCCGCAGGAUAUGUCGCAGUUUGAUCCGGCUACUUAUAUGUCGCCGAUGGAUCUUUACGACUCGAUCUUUUGGGAAUCCCCCGACCCCUUCAACACCGGCGUAGACACGAUGAAUUUUGACUUUUUAGCCCACCCACCACCUGGCCAACCACCUCAGCAGCAGUUUUAUUUUUGAUGAUUCAAGGUCUCGGUUUCCGGGUGAGCAUCAUCGGCUUGGGUUCUUCCAUUUCUAUCACUGUCGUGGAGAAAUUUCAAAAGGAUAGCAAAAAAUGAAAAGGGGGAAUUUGUCCCCUACCGUUACCAGGCAUAGUGUUGUAAUCUACCCAGGAAUUUCGUCGUCAUAUCAAAAAUUUAUGGACUGUCUAUGCUGGAACUUGCAAUGUCUCAACACACCGAAGGACGUGACUCGGAGAUGGAACGGGAUCGGAGCGAGGAACGGGGGGGG